AUGCCUCGCACGGCCGUGCUUACCGUCGGCUCGACCCGGUUCGACCCCCUCGUCGCCGCCGCCCUCUCCGCCUCAUCACUCUCGGCGCUCUCCUCGCUCGGCGUCACCCGGCUUCUCGCGCAAGUGGGCAACAGCGCGCUCCCUCACGGCUGGCAGGAGGGGGCGAGUCUCAAGGCGGGCGGGCUCGCGGUCGAGGUGGUGCGCUUCCUGGGAGAUCUCGAGGACAAGGUGGGGGAGGCGGACCUCGUCGUCAGCCACGCAGGCGCCGGCUCGAUCCUGUCCUUCCUGCGCCCCCUCCCCUCCUCGUCCUCCUCGACCUCACCCUCUCCCUCCUCUCGCCCGCACCGCCGCCUCGUCCUCGUGCCCAACUCGAACCUCAUGGACUCGCACCAGGCCGACCUCGCCGACGAGAUGGAGAGCAAGGGCUGGGCCGUCGUGUGCCGCGAACCGAGCGGCCUCGCACACACGCUCGAGGAGCUCGCCGAGGAGCUGCAGCAAGGGCGGUCGGCGCAGCACAGCUUCCCCGAGCUCGACACGGGCAAGGUCCAGCGCAUCAUCGACGAGACGCUCGGUUUCGUCUGA